AUGACCCGACUAUAGGGAUCAAUCAUGAUAAUUAAUGGAUGGAUAAAUGUGCUCUUAAUGUAAUGUACAUUUGUCUCCAAAAUAUUGAUUUGAUUCAUGUUUUAUUACUUUUGUUUGAGAUAGAUUGGGUGUAAGGAUAGAUAAAUACUUCUCCAUAAUGUUUCCUUAUUGUUGCUUAUUCUAGAUUGUUUGUUACUAAUAUAAUUUUAAAUAAAGGUUCAAUAAAGAUUUGGAAAUUAAAAAGUGACUUACCACGUGACAGACAUACCACGUGACAUAUCACGUUUUGUAGCCAUUUCUUUACUAUUUAAUUUGUAUUUUUAAUGUUGAAAGUGUUCUUGGGUGUUUUAAAAGGCGUUGUCAAAUAAAAUACGUUAUUAUUAGUAUAAUUAUUAUAACACGAUGGGUACAGGAAAUGGUGUCACUAGCGCCCCCUUAAUUUCCGGAAUGAAAUAGUCCCAUUUCCAUAUAAGGUAUGAGACUGACAGUUGUCCGUCCCCGCCCCAUUCUGUUUGCUGCAGCGAGGUGUACUUGCCCGAAAGUGCAACUGUGAGUUUAUCCACACCCAUUGACACUCUCAUUGGCAGGUUUAUGAGGUGAGAAGGGGGAGUAAUCACAUAGAGAACAAAUAUAGGUAAGGCUAGAUAGAGAUAGGCAAAGUGAGGGGAGACUCUUACAACCAAAAGCAAAAUGGCAAAUGGUAAUGGAAAUUCAUCUGUAAGUCAUCCAACUGGUUUGCAAAUGGCAGCGAAGCACAUACAGACAUUCUCACUGGUCGUCUACUGUGUGAUUAUAGUGGUUGGGACAGUAGGAAAUGGUCUGGUCAUCUAUGUGACCGGCUUCAAGAUGAAGAAAACAGUCAACUCUGUGUGGUUUCUCAACUUGGCUCUGGCAGACUUCCUCUUCACAGCGUUCCUGGUGUUUACAGCAGUCUCUCUCUCUCAGCAGUACCACUGGACUUUUGGACAGUUCAUGUGCAAACUCAACAACUUUGUGAGCUUAGUCAACAUGUUUGCCAGCGUCUUUUUUCUGACAGCAAUAAGUCUGGAUCGUUGCUUGUCCAUCUGGGUGGUGGUGUGGGCACAAAACAAGCGCACCGUUGGCAAAGCUCAAGUGAUAAGUGCUUUAAUCUGGUUGGCUGCAGGCAUCUGUAGCACACCCUAUGCAUAUUUUCGUACCGUGGAAGUCAGCCAGAAUCAGACAUACUGCAAGUACACUUCAACUAUGACAAAGAACAAACAUUGGACAUUGUUUAUAUUCCGGUUUGUUAUGGGCUUUCUCAUCCCGUUCCUGGCGAUAUUUUUCUCAUAUGUGGCCAUAGGGAUUCGUGCCAGGCGUCUGCAGAGAAUGAGGAAACAAAGACGUCACCGGAUCAUUUUUGCCAUCAUUUUUGCAUUCUUUACCUGCUGGUUGCCUUUUCAUGUUUUGAGUUUCAUACAAUUAAAAUUCUUUGAUUACUCAGAUGUACAGUACAUUGUUCGGGUCAUAGGUCCUCUAACUGUCAGUCUUGCCUUCACGAACAGCUGCUUGAACCCCAUCCUCUAUGUUUUCAUGUGUGACGAGUUCCAGAAGAAGCUCAAGCAGUCCAUUUGGUUGGUUCUAGAAAAUGCCCUUGCAGAGGACCACAUAUCAUUUGUUACGUUAUCUCGUUCAAUGUCAAGGAUUCCCAGAAAGUCUGAUUCUACCGGCCCUGCUGAGGGGAAAGAAACUGAGACAUCGAUGAUCUUAACAAAACCAAAAAAAGAGAUCUCUACGAAGAAGUCCAUGAACACGGAGGAAAACAGCCACAAACUGAUUGAAAUGGCGGACUUUAAUAAAGUGCACUGAAGUGAUCUGAGUAAAGCUUAUUUGUAGAGGAGUGUGAACACGUGCAAAGACAAUUCAAAGAAUAUUUUUGACGCCUGCUUGUUUUUCAUCAUUUGCUUACCAUUAACAGGUGUUUUCGUAUGUGGUUAUCGAGACAGCCUGAGAUGUACAACAGACAGUCUGAUAAAAUCGCACACAACCCCUUACCUUCCACAUUCAAUCAGCAAAUGUAACUGAAAGCCUGUGUAGGUGUCCUACAGCAAUAUAUUCUACAUGCUAAGCUUUUAAUGAAAUUAUUGUAAAUACUGUAAAAAAAAGUAUAAAAUUACUUGUUUACUUUAGAACAGUUUGAAUUUUGUUUUAACUUGCCUCUUUUAAUGAACCUGUAUGUUUAGGAAUGCUCACAUCUGUAUGUUUGUCUACUUCAUCGAUGACGCCGUCAAAAGAGAUAAAAAUAUUAAUGGAUGUUUCAGAAAUUAUUAAAAAUAUAAUGACAAAACAA